AUGCAGCAAGCUGUGAAGCUCGUUCUUGUGUUGUGCACCAUAUGCCUCCUUGUAAGCCAAGGAUGGGCAAAAGGCGGCGGCGGCGGAAGAGGAGGCGGUGGUGGUGUUGGCGGCGGCGGUACUGGCAGAACCGCCGGAUCUGGAGUUGAGUGUCAAAUGGGGAAAUUUGCGCGUUUCCCUCUUUCUAGCGUUCAGUCUUCUAGUUUGCGUGUUCUUGAUUUGGUGUAUACUGACAUUUGGGGUCCUGCUCCUGUUUUAUCUGUUAAUGGUUAUCGCUAUUUCGAUAUUUUUGUUGAUGACUGCACGCGUCAUACUUGGCAGUUGUGUGCGUACACUCACGAGCAGAAUUGUCGCGUUGAGCGUAAGCAUCGUCAUAUUGUUGAGACCGGUCUUACUUUGUUAGCUCAUGUCUCUAUGAUAAUUGCUAAGGAAUUAGAGAAGCAAAAGGCAAUAUUUGCAUAUGAUCAACAAAAAUGCGACGGCGGAGGAGCAGAGGAGGGGUGGACCGGCGGUUGUGGAUCGGAGCUCUUAUCAUCGCCUGAACCGGAGCUGCUCUUCGACCUAGAAGUGCCGCCGGGUUCUUGCAGAUUUGAUUAUCUACUUGCGGUCUGUGAGCGAGAGAGAUUACUACUUGACAAAGAGGAACAAAAGGAUAAGCAAGAAAAGAAAGGAUGCUACAAUGAUGAUGAUGAUAAUGAUCAGUACUAUUUAGGUGGGAUUGAUCUCAAUCAGAGUUUGAUCACUCCUUCAAACCAUACAGUGCCUGAUAAGGAGGAAUGGAGGAAAAAAUUGAUGGGUUCAUUCUAUGGCAACUUAUCUUGGCAGAAUAAUGUUUUGAAGUCUGUGGUGCAAAGUACAGCACGAAGCAACAUACCAGAAUCUGUUAUUCCACAUUCCAGUGGCAGUGAUGACAGAAGAGCUUCUCUAAAGAAGAGAUUACUACUUGCGGUGUGUGAGCGAGAGAAAUUACUACUUCACAAAGAGGAACAGGAGGAUAAGCAAGAAAAGAAAGGGUGCUACAAUGAUGAUGAUGCUGAUCAGUACUAUUUACAUUUAGGUGGGGUUGAUCUCAAUCAGAGUUUGAUCACGCCUUCACUGCCUGAUGAGGAGGAAUGGAAGAAAAAACUGAUGGGUUCAUUUUAUGGCUGCUUAUCUUGGCACAAUAAUGUUGUUGUGAAGCCUGUGGUGCAAAGUACAACACUAACCAACACCCCAGAGUCUGUUAUUUCUCAUUCCAGUGAUGAGGCUGCUUCUUUAAAGUAUGAUGAGGCUGUGGCAGAGAAGGUCAAUAAUUCCAAGAAGCGAAAGAGGGGAAGUAGCAGGGUGCCUAACAACGGUCCAGAACCACCACCAGAACUACCAGUUGAAUUCAAAAAUUUAAUUCUCCAAUUGGCUGGUAACCGGGCAGUAUGUGUUGAGAAAUUGGUAAUUCAAAAGGAGCUUACUAAAACAGAUGUAAACAGCACCCAGAAUAGGCUGUCAAUCCCAGCAAGGCUUGUGAGGGAGGAGUUCCUUACGAAAGAAGAGCAUCUUCUACUUUGUCAGCACAAUGGGAAGAAUGUGUGUUCUAUAGAAGUUCCAUUGAUCACACCAAUGAUGGAAGUAGCAAAGGUGAGCUUGAGGAGGUGGGAGAUGAAGAAGGGAAAAGGAGUUUCCAGUGUGUCUUAUGUCAUAGCUAAUACUUGGAAUGCAAUCCGAAGACGGAAUAAAUUUGAAAGCAAGAUGAUAGUUCAAUUGUGGGCUAUUCGGGUUGACGCAGACUUGUGUAUGGCUCUAGUUAGGCUUUCUUGAUCUUUUAAUCAGCUUACCACUUCAGUUUAGGAGAUACAAAUAUGCUCUUUGUAUAUGCUUUUUUGUGUUUUUGAAACUAAUUCAAAGAGUUUUGAAUUUUGUUAUGAAUUUCUAUCAAAUACUGUUCAAUUCAUUUUGAAUGAGAGUAGGGAUUAUGUUGUUAUAUAAAUGCUCUUAUUUGUGUUAUGGAAUUCAUAAUAUUGGUGCA